GCCCAAUAUUUACCUCACUAUCCAUCAUGAGUAAUUCAACCGAUCCUUCGGACUAUUGCACCUUUGAAAUCUGUCCCAUCACGGAGGCAUACGUUUACUAUGUCCCAUCAUUGGCCGGUAACGCCUUCUACUUGGCCUUAUUUGCCGUGCUACUGGCCGCUCAACUGGUACUGGCCGUGCGAUACCGGACCUGGGGUUACUUGGCUGGUCUUUCUGGGGGCCUUAUCUUGGAGAUAAUUGGGUAUAUCGGACGUAUACAAUUGCACUCCAACCCCUUCCGCUUCGGCCCGUACCUGGAAUACCUGAUCUGCCUGACCAUCGGACCGGCAAUUCUCAGCGCCUCCAUCUACAUCUGCCUAGGCCGCAUCGUCAUUGUCUACGGCGAAGGCAUCUCUCGCCUCCGCCCUAAGACUUACACGAUGGUCUUUGUAGCCUGUGACCUGGUCUCGCUCGUCCUGCAAGCGGCGGGCGGUGCCAUCACCUCGGUCGCAGAUGCAGACCAGUACGAUCUCGCCCAGGAUGGCAUCAACAUCAUGAUUGCCGGGCUGGCGAGCCAGGUAGCGUCCCUCGCCCUCUUCAUGGCCCUCUGUCUCGACUACGCAUGGCGAGUGUACAAGAGCCCGCAUAAUCUGAGCCCGGAGACGCGUAUGCGUGAUCUUCGCCACAGCCUUCGCUGGAAGGCUUUCCUGGCCGGUCUGGCCCUUGCCACCGUGGCCAUCUUCAUGCGAUCAGUCUUCCGAGUCGCGGAGCUCAAAGGUGGAUUCCAUAGUUCGUUGGCCAAUGACCAAGUGCUUUUCAUGACGCUGGAGGGCGCAAUGAUCGCCAUCGCGGUUAUCGCUCUGACCGUGCUGCAUCCGGGCCUUUGCUUUGACGGCCUCUGGGAUCAGACCAAAUGGUCCUUUCGUCGGUCCCGGGAUAGUGAGAUGCAACUGAUCGAGCGCGAGCGCAAUCUCCCCGGAGGAUCGCGCGCGUCUGCUCACCCCCGCCAACCUCCCGCGAGUUCCUGGCUCGAGCCCGCCGACUCGGGGAUGAUAGCCCUAACCCGCGCCGGGACCGUGGUUUUCCCCAACUUCAGUUGCCAGGCCUUCUACAUUCUGGACGAUCAGAGCUGCCAGGAUGGACGUCUUCUCCUCCUCUACUUCGCCCCCAACGGCCAGGUGGCCCACCAGGCGCGAAUGCUCCCGUGGAAUCUCGGGCCCCUCACAUCGUUCCGGUAUAGCCUCUGGCAUUCGUGGGCUGAACUCAUGGAAGAGAGUCCCUACAUGCACCCGCGCUGGAACCGUCCCAGCAUUGAUAUGCACCUCCCGCUCCUGGGUAUCAUGGCCUCACUGGCGGCGGGCGGGGACCUGGAACAAUUCGACGAUGCUUUCCCCGAAGAAUGGGCGGAGGAGUUCGAGCGGUUCGCGCCGGAGUUUCUGGCCUAUGAACGCCAGAAUCGAGAAAGAGAGUACAGCUGGGACCGGCUGGCGGAGAUCGCAGGUGACGGCCCGUUGACCCAGUAUAAUCACCUUCGCCAUGUCCGGAAGCCGGCGGCGUUACAGGGGCGCUGUCCGCCUUGGCCUGCUGGUCCACGAAGUUUAUAGAAGAAUAUAUGAAAACGGAAGGGGGGGGGUAGGUGGGGUUGAAAAGUGAGAUACCGACCAAUGAAUUGUCAAAAAGCAGCUACCAUGUGCUUUCAUAGCCCUUGUAACUAUCUUAGAAGGUUAUUCUCGUCAGGCCUGAUAGAAG